UCUCAGGUUGAUACAGUGCUCCCUCCCACAACUCUGACAUGUAUAUAAACCCUGAGCUCUCCAAAGCCCACUGCCAGUUCUCUUCACAAACUAAUUGCAACGGAGAGACUAAAGAUGAUUCCUUUUUUAUCCAUAUUUUCUCUGCUCUUGCUGUUUGUUGUUAACUCUGCAAAUGCCAAUGGUCAUUAUGACAAGAUUUUGGCUCAUAGCCGUAUCAGGGGCCGGGAGCAGGGCCCAAAUGUCUGUGCCCUUCAACAGAUUUUGGGCACCAAAAAGAAAUAUUUCAGCACUUGUAGGAACUGGUAUCAAGGUGCCAUCUGUGGAAAGAAAACGACUGUGUUAUAUGAAUGUUGCCCUGGUUAUAUGAGAAUGGAAGGAAUGAAAGGUUGUCCAGCAGUUAUGCCAAUUGACCAUGUUUAUGGCACUCUGGGCAUCGUUGGAGCCACUACAACACAGCACUACUCUGAUGUCUCAAAACUGAGAGAAGAGAUAGAAGGGAAGGGAUCCUUCACUUACUUCGCACCGAGUAAUGACGCUUGGGACAACUUGGAUUCUGAUAUCCGUAGAGGUUUGGAAAGCAAUGUAAAUGUUGAGUUAUUGAAUGCUUUACAUAGCCACAUGGUUAAUAAGAGAAUGUUGACCAAGGACUUAAAAAAUGGCAUGAUUGUUCCUUCAAUGUAUAACAAUUUGGGACUUUUCAUUAACCAUUAUCCUAAUGGGGUUGUCACUGUUAAUUGUGCUCGAAUCAUCCAUGGGAACCAGAUUGCAACAAAUGGUGUUGUUCAUGUCAUUGACCGUGUCCUUACACAAAUUGGUACCUCAAUUCAAGACUUUAUUGAAGCAGAAGAUGAACUUUCAUCUUUCAGAGCAGCUGCCAUCACAUCAGAUAUAUUAGAAGCACUGGGAAGAGAUGGUCACUUCACACUCUUUGCUCCUACCAAUGAGGCCUUUGAGAAACUCCCACGAGGUGUCCUGGAAAGAAUUAUGGGAGACAAAGUGGCUUCCGAAGCUCUCAUGAAGUAUCAUAUUUUAAAUACUCUUCAGUGCUCUGAGGCUAUUAUGGGAGGAGCAGUCUUCGAGACCCUAGAAGGAAACACAAUUGAGAUAGGAUGUGAUGGUGACAGCAUAACUGUAAACGGAAUCAAAAUGGUGAACAAAAAAGAUAUCGUGACAAAUAAUGGUGUGAUCCAUUUGAUUGAUCAGGUUCUAAUUCCUGAUUCUGCCAAACAAGUUAUUGAGCUUGCUGGGAAUCAGCAAACCACUUUCACAGAACUUGUGGCCCAACUGGGCUUGGCAUCUUCUCUGAGGCCAGAUGGAGAAUACACGUUGCUGGCACCUGUGAAUAAUGCAUUUUCUGAUGAUACUCUGAGCAUGGAUCAGCGCCUUCUUAAAUUAAUUCUGCAGAAUCAUAUAUUAAAAGUAAAAGUUGGCCUUAAUGAGCUUUACAAUGGACAAAAACUUGAGACCAUCGGAGGCAAACAGCUCAGAGUCUUCGUGUAUCGUACUGCUGUCUGCAUUGAAAAUUCAUGUAUGGUGAGAGGAAGCAAGCAAGGAAGAAACGGCGCCAUUCACAUAUUCCGAGAGAUCAUCAAACCAGCAGAGAAAUCCCUCCAUGAAAAAUUAAAACAAGAUAAGCGCUUUAGCGUCUUCCUCAGUCUACUUGAAGCUGCAGACUUGAAAGAGCUCCUAACACAACCUGGAGAUUGGACAUUAUUUGUGCCAACCAAUGAUGCUUUUAAGGGAAUGACUAGUGAAGAAAAGGAAAUUCUGAUUCGAGACAAAAAUGCUCUUCAAAACAUCAUUCUUUAUCAUCUGACACCAGGAGUUUUCAUUGGAAAGGGAUUUGAACCGGGUGUUACUAAUAUUUUAAAGACAACACAAGGAAGCAAAAUAUAUCUGAAAGGAGUAAAUGAUACCCUUCUGGUGAAUGAACUGAAAUCAAAAGAAUCUGACAUCAUGACAACAAAUGGUGUCAUUCAUGUUGUAGAUAAACUCCUCUAUCCAGCAGACACACCUGUUGGAAAUGAUCAGCUGCUGGAAAUACUUAAUAAACUGAUCAAAUACAUCCAAAUUAAGUUUGUUCAUGGUAGCACCUUCAAAGAAAUCCCCAUGACUGUCUAUACAACUAAAAUUAUAACCAAAGUUGUGGAACCAAAAAUUAAAGUGAUUGAAGGCAGUCUUCAGCCUAUUAUCAAAACUGAAGGACCCACAAUUAAAAAGACCAACAUUGAAGGUGAACCUGAAUUCAGACUGAUUAAAGAAGGUGAAACGGUAACUAAAGUGAUCCAUGGAGAACCAAUUAUAAAAAAGUACACCAGAAUUAUUGAUGGAGUACCUGUGGAAAUAACUGAAAAAGAGACACGGGAAGAACGAAUCAUUACAGGUCCUGAAAUAAAAUACACUAGGAUUUCAGCUGGAGGUGGAGAAACAGAAGAAACGCUGAAGAAAUUGCUGCAAGAAGAGGUCACCAAGGUCACCAAAUUCAUUGAAGGUGGUGAUGGUCAUUUAUUUGAAGAUGAAGAAAUUAAAAGGCUGCUUCAGGGAGACACACCUGUGAGGAAGAUUCAAACAAACAAAAGAGUUCAAGGAUCUAGAAGACGAUCAAGAGAAGGUCGCUCUCAGUAAACAUCCAAAAACCAGAAGACAAAGUUUAUACAGCCCUAAGUCAAUAACCUGACCCUAAAGGAAAAUUAUGAGAGCCACACUGACUUCAGGAACUGAAACAUCAGUACAAAAGAGGAAUCAUCAAACAAUUAUGAACAAAAAUUUAUUUUUUUUUCUGAGUGAGAAAUAUGAGGGAAAGUGUUGGGUGGCCUCCUGUGGGAUAGGAUCUAGCACCUUACAGGUUUUUUUAUCUUGACAUUUAAAGUUCUGGUUAACUUUGGAAACUACCAGAGAAAACUCUUUUUACCAAUUCAUUACAAUUCAAAUCUGAGUGGUGAACUGUUAUCUCAUUGAGAAGAUUGAGCCUUGAAUGUAUGUAAUGAAUAAAUAAUAUGCAUGCAAGCAGUUACCUCUCCAUGGGAAGCUAAGUUAUAAAAAUGGGUGUUCAGUAUAAAAAAACAAGCAAAAUUUUCUACAUCAAGAGGCUUUGCACAUUUCUAUACAUUGUGGGUUUACUGGUAAAUUAUGUUAUUUUUACAACUAAUUUUGUACUCUCAAAUGUUUGUCAUAUGCUUCUAGCAAUACUUUUUUAUCUCAAACAUUUCAAUAAAACCAUUUUUCAGGUAUAAAGAGAAUUACUUCAAAUUUGGGUAAUUCAAAAAACAUAAGGUUUAAGUUAAAAUGUGGUUUGGACUUGGCAACAGGAGUUUAUACCUCUUUUAUUGUAACAAAUAUUCAUUAAAUGAAAUUCAA